AUGCGCAUUCUCCACUCCCUUGAGCAAAACCACUCGGUAGACGAGCAGAACGAUAUCAGCACACACACUGACGUUGAAUGCCUCACCAUUGUGACUCAAGACUCUUCUGACAGUCUCGAAGUACUCAGCAAGUCCGGCCACUGGGUCAAGGCGGACCCCAUCCCCGGUGCACUCAUUGUCAACAUUGCCGACUGA